CACGGGGAAUGAUCAGGAAAGGAGAAACAGUGAGAUCAUUCCCGGGAAGCCUAUAAAAGGAGCAGAGAAGGAGGGGGCUGGGGCUAGAGCCCUGGACAGCAUCCACGGAGAGGAAGAGGCAGGGCAGGGUAGUGCAACAGGCAGUGCCAGAAGUAGGUGGAGGGUCAGGAAGGAGGAGCAGUUCAGGUGGGCAGGGACCCGGUGCCAGGAGAAGGCAGAUCAGCCACGAAGAAGAAUGAGCCCAGAGCCAGGCUGUCUGGACUGGGCCAGGAGGAGGCAGCUGGUGAAGCUGCUCAGUGCUUUCUGAUCAGUGCUGGCCCCCCGGGGGACUUGAGACACAAGGAAAACCCAGCGAGACUGAAUCAUGGAGCUUCGUGUGGGAAACAAAUACAGGUUGGGCCGGAAAAUCGGCAGUGGCUCCUUUGGGGAUAUCUACUUGGGUGCCAACAUUGCUUCCGGGGAGGAGGUGGCCAUUAAGCUGGAAUGUGUGAAAACGAAGCACCCCCAGCUGCACAUUGAAAGCAAGUUCUACAAGAUGAUGCAGGGAGGAGUGGGGAUCCCCUCUAUCAAGUGGUGCGGCGCGGAGGGGGACUACAAUGUCAUGGUGAUGGAGCUGCUGGGCCCCAGCCUGGAAGACCUUUUCAAUUUCUGCUCCCGCAAGUUCAGCCUCAAGACCGUCCUUCUCUUGGCCGACCAGAUGAUCAGCCGCAUUGAGUACAUCCACUCCAAGAACUUCAUCCACCGGGAUGUGAAACCUGACAACUUCCUCAUGGGCCUGGGCAAGAAGGGAAACCUGGUGUACAUCAUCGAUUUUGGCCUGGCCAAGAAAUACCGGGACGCUCGCACCCACCAGCACAUCCCCUACCGGGAAAACAAAAAUCUGACUGGCACUGCCCGCUACGCUUCCAUCAACACCCAUUUGGGCAUCGAGCAAAGCCGCCGUGAUGACCUGGAGAGUUUGGGUUACGUGCUUAUGUAUUUCAACCUGGGCUCCCUGCCCUGGCAGGGUCUCAAAGCAGCUACCAAGAGGCAGAAGUAUGAACGUAUUAGUGAGAAGAAGAUGUCCACACCCAUCGAGGUCCUUUGCAAAGGAUACCCCUCUGAAUUCUCCACGUACCUCAACUUUUGCCGCUCUCUCCGGUUCGAUGACAAGCCUGAUUACUCAUACCUGAGACAGCUCUUCCGGAACCUCUUCCACCGUCAGGGCUUCUCCUAUGACUAUGUCUUUGACUGGAACAUGCUCAAAUUCAUGCGGCCCCCUUCCAGUCAGCCCCCUGCCCUUCCCUGCGCUGCGCCCCGGGACCAAUUAGGGUGCGGCCCGGAACCCCGAGGAUAUGGACCGAGAGCGGCGGGAGCACGAGAGAGAGGAGAGGAUGGGACAGUUGAGAGGAUCUGCUACGCGGGCGCUCCCCCCAGGACCCCCUGCUGGUGCCGCUGCCAACCGCUUGCGCAACGUGGCCGAGCCCGUGGCUUCCAACCCAGCCUCCCGCAUCCAGCAAGCUGGCAAUACUUCUCCCAGAGCGAUCUCACGGGUAGACAGGGAGAGGAAGGUGAGUAUGAGGUUACACCGAGGAGCCCCGGCCAACGUCUCCUCCUCCGACCUCACAGGACGCCAAGAGGUGUCUCGGAUUUCUGCAUCACAGACAAGCGUGCCAUUUGACCACCUCGGGAAGUGAGGGAAAGAUGCCACCGGACCAGUGUUUGCUUAGUGUCUUCACUGUAUUUUUUCUUUUAAAAAAAAUUUUAAAAAGACUUAAAAAAAGAAAAUGAAAAAAAAUCCCACAAAACAGACAACAGAUUUUUGUUGCUAUCUGGGAUUUUUCUUUCUUUCUUUUCUUUUCUUUUUUCUUUUUUCUUUUUUCUUUUUCUUUUUCUUUCUUUUUUUUUUUUUUGCCAAUGGAGAAGAGACACAAAGCUCCCACUGCACGACUUCUGGCCCUGGUGUCUGCCUUCCUCCCCCGUCUGCCUUCUGCCCUCCAGACCCCACCAAGGGACCCUUUUGGGAAGACACCACUCACCCCGCCUGGAGCCACGCCAAGGCCCUCCCCAUGCCUGCCACCCCUGAGCAGUGGGUGGGGGUGUGGGGAGUGGGGGCUCUCCCUCUCCUCCUCCUAGCCCAGACUGGGGGGGCUCCAGUGGUCAGGGCCCCUCUGCCCUCCCACCCCACACUCCUGUUUCUGUGUCAAUGUUGGUCUGAACAUCCUCUGGGUCCGAGGAGCCAACCUCUGGAUGAAGAGGAAAGGGAAGGCUUGGACUUGGCAGAAGCUGUCUGGAUUUCAUUUUGUUUUGUGAAAGUAAACUCGUGACUCCCUGAG